AUGCCAGAAAUAAAAAUAGAGAAACAUGCCAUUUUUGUUGACAAGGUUGAGAUUGUUCAACGCCGAAUUCAUCUUCUGACGCAGUGGCCCUCAUCUCCCUUACUAUUUCAAUACAAGGACGCACGGAUUUCGCCGCGCUAUCUUAUACUCAAGGCAGAACCUCCUGUUGAGGGUGUAUUGGAGCCGUUACAACCACCGAUCAGGGAGGAGGAGGCACGUUGGGUAGUGCGCGGAAUUGUGCGAGCUUUGUAUGCACUUCAUAGCCGUCAAUUGGUGCAUGGGCACCUGCGUCUGGAGGUGCUUCACAAGCAUCAGCCAUCAGGAAGGAUUCUUCUAGCGCAGCAUGUGUUUCCUAUAGAUUUGUUUGUGCCUUCUAGUGAUGUGGGACGAGGCGUCUGGCGCUGUUGUGCCCCGGAAAUUAGACGAAGUUCCGUGUUUGAUUAUAGUGCUGAUAUCUGGGCUCUGGGAGCUGUUUUUUUGCAGCUUGUGGCACCCGCAGGAAAACUGUUUGAAACAGCAGAUUUGUUAGAAAUGGAUGUUCUCUCUCCUGAUCUCAUGUCGUUGAGUCCUUCCGCUGUUAGUUUCGCCGUGCAGUGUCUCCAAGAGGAAGCGGGAGGUCGUCCCACCAUUGCGGAACUACUUCUGCAUCCAUUUCUCACGGAGAAAGACAAUGAAUUCGACAGCUACGAGAGUGAAGAAGAGAGCACCGAUGAGGAAGCAUGA